AUGGCCACCUCGGCCCCCGAAAUCACACCCCGGCAGCCCAUGCAAGAAAUCCCUGGAUCGCCUUUAGUUCGGGAUUUCGGGCGGUACAAUGUGUAUACCCCGACUGGCUCCAUCACUCCCACGCCGAGCGCUCAAACGGAUGUGCCGUUGCUGCCAACCAGUAACCCAGUUCCGUCUACGCCCAGCGGCAUCGAUGAAAAGCCUCGCAAGCGGGCGAGAUGGCGGCGGUUUCUCAAGCAGAUCAACGGGUGCAUGCUCGGAAAGGAAAAGGCGUCAGUGUACUGGUACGCCAGCCUUCUGUCUGUCAUCGCCGCCCUGAUCGUCACACUCUCGAGCAUUUUCGGCUGGCCGCCGUUGCCGAUCUGGGAGUACCUCCGGCACGUGGCGGGCUGA